UUGGAACUCUUUGUGCCAUAAAAUUCUUUCUUUGGAAGCGUAAUUGGAACUUUUUCUAUUAACAAAAUGGAUGCUCUCGACUCUGUUUUCGAUCCCCUUAGAGAUUUCGCCAAAGACAGCGUUAGGCUUGUUAAGAGGUGCCACAAGCCCGAUCGCAAAGAAUUCACCAAAGUUGCUACUCGUACUGCAAUCGGUUUCGUCGUGAUGGGAUUUGUAGGAUUUUUUGUCAAAUUGAUCUUCAUUCCUAUCAACAACAUUAUUGUUGGCGCUUCUUAAUCGGCCGUGUGAAGGAGAAAGCUAAAUGGAGAUAUAGAAGGAAGCAACGAUGACAGUUCUCACAAUUUAGUUUAAAUUUGUAACCUCUGGCUGUUGGAUAUCUCUGAGAUCUUAUUCUGAACUCUCCUUAUUGGUCUGAGUUAAUAGCAUUCAAAUUGACUUUCUCACCUUCCACCUUCUCCCUUCACCCUCAUAUUGGAAUUUUGUACACUUAUAUUCCAGAUCAAAAUACUUAUCACUUAGUUUUA